CAGGCGGUAGCGGGGGCAGUGGUGCUGUUGCCCUUUUAAACUGCCGCUUGACGGGAGCCGCGCCUCCUGUCGGUGGAGUCGGUUAUAAAGGGAGCAGCCCCGCAGGCCGCCACAUAGCUCUCGCCAAGUCCUCGGUGCCCCUUGCCAUUUUUCCAGCCGCGCUCCCACGAGGGUCACGGCGCCGGGGAGAGGUGGAGCCGCGAGAGCUCGGCCGGGGGCCCCGCCUGGUGGUCGCGGCCAUGACAGCGGCUCGGGACAGGCUCCUUUUCCGCGCCCCUCCCGCCGGAGGUGAGGGGAAGAUGUCCAUGUCAGGGUUCAAGGCCAGACUGAAGCUGCUGGCCUCUAUCUUCCAGGAGAACCAGGAGCCACAGCCGCGGCUCACGCUCCACCGCAACAUUAAGAUUACAAGUGGACACCUGAGUCAGCAGGACCUGGAAUCCCAGAUGAGAGAGCUUAUCUACACGACUCAGAUCUUGUUGUCACCCCCAUUAUUGACAAUCCAAAGGUGCAGAAAGCACUCUGACAAAUGGGCCAACGUUGCUCGGGUGAUUGGUUUACUGGCUUCGCACAAAACUGAUCUCCAGGAAAAUACACCUGUUGUUGAGGUAAUGUCUUUUAUGACUGAAAUGUGAUGAAUGACAAGAAAUACAGUUGUUGAUUCUGUAAUUUAGAACAUACGGCUUUCCUUGACCUUCACUUGACUUUUCUUUGUGGGAUUGUGGAAAUUGUUCGAAAACUUAUCACCUCAACAGACCUUUCGGCUUAAACAUAGCGGCUCAUUUACAAUGUAGUCCAUCAUUAAAAUGGCACAGCAGAGUUAACAAGGCUCGUGAAUCCUACUCAUCAUUAUUUCAUUUGUUUUUGAAUAAGACUUGUUCAUUUCCCGUUUUCUUGUAGUCUGUCCAACAUUUUGUUACAGCUAAUGUAUUUCCUAAUUAAAUCAUAGCUUAUAAUUCAAAA